AUGGCAGGCAGAGAUAUUCUCCAUAAGAUGAAGGCCGGGUUCUUCGGAUCGCCUCCUGACACUGGAAGAGGCAAAAGCAAGAUGUGGAAAAACAUCACUCACGGUUUUCACUUUGUCAAAGGCAAAUCAAGCCAUCCCAUGGAGGACUACGUUGUCUCCGAAUUCAAGAAAGUUGAAGGACAUGAACUUGGUUUGUUUGCCAUCUUUGAUGGUCACUUGGGGCAUGAUGUGGCCAAGUACUUGCAGACUAAUCUCUUUGACAACAUUCUUAAAGAGAAGGAGUUUUGGAGUGACACGGAGAAUGCUAUAAGGAACGCUUAUAGAUCAACAGAUGAAGUGAUCUUGCAGCAGUCUCUUAAGCUUGGAAAAGGAGGUUCAACGGCUGUAACUGGGAUUUUAAUCGAUGGUCAGAAGCUAGUGGUUGCUAAUGUUGGAGACUCAAGAGCAGUGAUGUAUAAGAAUGGCGUUGCGCAUCAGCUCUCGGUUGAUCAUGAACCAAGUAAGGAGAGGAAAGAUAUAGAGAAGCGAGGUGGCUUUGUAUCAAAUAUUCCAGGGGAUGUUCCACGAGUGGAUGGACAAUUAGCGGUUGCGAGAGCGUUUGGAGAUAAGAGUUUAAAGAUACAUCUGAGCUCAGAGCCAGACAUUACUCACCAGGCGAUUGAUGAUCAGACCGAGUUCAUCGUUUUUGCUAGUGAUGGUAUUUGGAAGGUAAUGUCAAACCAAGAAGCGGUUGAUGCUAUCAAGAGUAUCAAAGAUCCACAAGCAGCAGCAAAGCACUUGAUAGAGGAAGCUAUAUCUAAGAAGAGCAAAGAUGACAUCUCCUGUAUUGUUGUAAAGUUCCACUAA